GUUGGGCAAGAGUUAUAUAUAAUAAAAUAUAACAAAAUACAUGAGAAACAAGUAAGUAAAUGAUGAGAAAUUCAAAUACUCUAUGAGAAGCAAAGAAUUCACUCGAACAACUAGGCAAAACACAUUUUAUUUCUAUUUUCUUGUGGUUUUGUUUAUAAUGUAUUUUUGUUUAAAGUCUUUUCCUUUUUCUAAUUUUCUCUUUGAUUAAAAAAAAAAAAAAACACAUUUGUUUCCCUCCAACUCCCUUACCUGCUUGUACCGGCAGUUAUAGCAACGGCUACUACUAUAAGAGGUGAAAACUUCAAAUUUCCCAGUAUACAUAAAUGCGCUUAAAGAACUUGUUACCAUAUGAACUCAAACCUCUAUUAUUGAGCUGUAAACAUAGUGCAUUGAUUUCUCAAAUCCAUGCUGUUAUGGUAUCAUCUGGGCUAUUUUCCCAUGGAAACUCCAUUACCCAAUUAAUAUCAUCAUAUGGUAAAACGGGUGAUCUUGAAUCUGCCCACAAAGUGUUCGAUAAAAUUCCCCUGAGAAGAGUAGAUUCUUGGAAUGCAAUGAUCAUUGCCUAUUCGAAAAAUGGGGUUCCUGUUGAGGUUGUAAAUGUUUAUAAUCAAAUGGUUCUUGAAGGUGUUAAACCUGAUAGCUCAACUUUUACUGUGGCACUUAAGGCUUGUAUAAUCUUGCAGGAUCUUGAAAUGGGUGAAAAGGUUUGGGAAAAAGCGAUUUGUUGUGGUUAUGAGAAUGAUGUCUUUGUUGGGUCAUCUGUUUUGAAUCUUUAUGCGAAAUGCGGGAAGAUGGAUAAAGCAAUAGAUGUAUUUGAGAAGAUGGGGAAGAGGGAUAUAGUUUGUUGGACUACGAUGAUAACGGGUUUUGUACAUAGUGGGAAAGGGAGAGAGGCUGUGGAUUUGUAUAGGUGGAUGCAAAGGGAAGGAAUGGUAGGUGAUGGUGUUGUUAUGUUGAGUUUGAUGCAGGCUUCUGCUAAUAUUGCUGACACGAAAUUGGGUUCGUCGGUCCAUGGUUAUAUGAUCCGAAGAACGCUUCCUAUGGAUGUUAAUAUGUUGACUAGUCUUGUUGAUAUGUAUGCCAAGAAUGGAGAGUUGGAGAUAGCUACUCGUGUAUUUCGAAAAAUGCCCUCUAAGAAUACUGUUUCUUGGAGUGCUUUGAUUUCUGGCUUUGCUCAAAAUGGCUUUGCUGUCAAUGCUCUUCAACUGUUGAUAGAGAUGCAAGUGUCGGGAUUCACACCUGAUGUAGCUUCACUUGUAAGUGCACUUCUAGCAUGUUCUCAUGUUGGCUCUUUAAAGUUGGGUAGAUCAAUUCAUGGUUAUGUUGCAAGGAAAGUCAUUAUGGACCAAGUUUUGAGUACUGCACUGAUUGAUGUGUACGCUAAAUGUGGGCUCAUUUCUUGUGCCCGUUCCAUUUAUGACAAUAUGAGUUCGAAGGACUUGAUAUGUUGGAAUACGAUUAUAGCGUGCUAUGGGAUCCAUGGGCAUGGAAGAGAGGCACUUACCCUUUUCCAGGAAAUGAAGGACAAGAUAGAACCAGAUCAUGCAACUUUUGCUGCUCUCCUUUCAGCUCUGAGUCACUCGGGAUUAGUGGAGGAAGGACGACAUUGGUUUGAUGUAAUGAUUAAUGAAUACAAAAUCAAACCUUCUGAGAAGCAUUAUGCUUGUUUGGUUGAUCUUUUAGCUCGAUCUGGUGAAGUAGAAGAAGCUAAAGAUCUUAUCAUUUCUAUGGAAACUAAACCUGGGGUUGCUGUUUGGGUUGCCCUUCUAUCUGGUUGCCACAAGCAUAAGAAAUUUUCCAUUGGAGAAUUGGCAGCAAACAGGGUACUUGAACUAAUUCCGGAGAACACAGGUACUUUCAUAUUAGUAGCAAAUUUCUUUGCAGCAGCAAAAAUGUGGGAUAAAGCAGCUGCUGCGAGGAAGCUUAUGAAAAAGACAGGGAUGACAAAAGUUCCUGGCUACAGUGCUGUAGAGGUAAAUGGGAGACUCCAUGCUUUUCUUAUGGGUGAUACAAGUCACCCUCAAUAUGAACAGAUAAUGGGACUUCUAUGCAAUUUGGAGAAUGAGAUGAAAGCUAUGGGGUAUGUCCCGAAGACUGAAUUUGUAUUGCAGAAUCUUGAAGAAGAGGUCAAAGUGAAAAUGUUGUGUAAUCAUAGUGAGAGACUUGCCAUUGCUUUUGGGCUCUUAAACACCGCACCAGGAACCCGAUUAUUUAUCACAAAGAACCUGAGGGUCUGUGGUGACUGCCAUGAAGUAACAAAGUUUAUAUCUGUUAUUGUAAAAAGAGAUAUUAUUGUAAGGGAUGUUAAACGAUUUCAUCACUUUAAGGAUGGAAUAUGCUCCUGUGGCGACUACUGGUGAAACUUGUCUUGCCAUGCAGAGAUAUAUCAUCCUGUGAGAUACUGGAUAAAAACUAAGAAUACGAGGAAAAUGUAUUUGUUGCUGCCUUGGCCUUCAAUCAGAGGUCCUUCACCUAAAAGAUUAUUAUGGUUAUCUGUAGAAUUUACAGAGUGCUAUCAUCUGGUGGAUGAGCAGAAGGAUACUUUUGCUGCCUGUUUCCCCCGACUCUGGGAAUUUUUUGGCCCACAUUGAAUAUUAGGAGUUGUAUGCACUUGUGUCCUAGAAUUUCUCCUGGUGGUGCACUGGCACUGCAGGAUGUUCGUGCAUAUUUAUUAAAUUAAGAAUCUGAAUGGGCUUUCGCAACAUUAUUGCUUCAAUGACAUUCUAACUGAGGACCCACUUCAAGCAGGAAAUAAGUUGCUACCACCUCUUCUCUGAGAGAGGCAAGCCAACGGAAAUUUGUACCAAGCUUCCAACAAGGUGCUGAGUUAGUAUUUUGAAGAAUCAACUUAAGCAGUUGAGUUAGCUGUCCUGCAAGUUCCAUCAGAAUGACAAAAUUAAAAUGCAUGUGUCAGUAUCAAAGAUGACUAACAAAGAUUGACUCUGUUACGCGGAUUUUAUCAUGGAACGGCAGAUGAUAUGUUGCAUACCUUCUCAAGUCUGACUGCUAAAUGUAAAUAUUGCUUUAUACUUCUUUGGAGUUGGCAGAUUGAUUCUUUUCUUGUCUAAGAGCUGAACCGGAGUUUGAAUUUUGAUCUCCAAGGCUCCAGCCGAAAGAGUGGGUUGAUUUCCAUUUUAAUGUUUUGGUAGCACUAACUGGAAUGCGGUGAAGCACUUCUGACACAAUUCAAUGGACAUGCUCCAAAAGGUUUCCUGCAUUUCUUCUCUCCUACAUAAUUUUUGGCACAAAUUAAUCAGGCAUUCUAGAGUGUGUCCCAAGUGGCUAUACUUCUACUGUAUCUGUACAAGAUCAUUUAAGUUGUCAGAAGUUAUUUUCUGUUAAUGGUAAAUUGCUAAAAUUUUCAUAAAGCAUCAUAGACAUUUUCUAUUGUAAUCUAGUGAGGAGCUGUCAAGGAAGAGCAAAUAUUUACAAGUGGACUGCUCUUUCAUUUCUUCAAAGCUUUUACUAGUUUGAAUGAAUUCAUGUGCUAUUAGCUACUGCCUAUCGUUUGUCAAUAGCCUAUAUGUUCACAACCAAAGAGCAAAAGACUUGUACAAUAGAUUCAUUCUUUAUCAUGAGCAU